AUGGAUAGUGAUGUAUCUACUACGAAUGGCUAUGAAGAUGAUGCUGCAGUAAAUGAAGAGGACUCAGGAGACGAGUACACGCUACAGGAGGCUCAAGAAGAUGAACUAUAUGUAGACGAAGAGGACGUUGAAUACCAGGAUAGGGAUGCAGAAGAUGAAGAUCGCGCUCUACCUACAUCAAAGAGAACUAGCAGGGCAGUACGAAGUAAAGUCUCCUAUGACUAUACUGAAAACGACGACGAUGACUUUGACGAUGAAGAAGCAGAUCAGCUAGAAGAAAUGGGCGAAGAAGAAGAAGAGGCAGAGGAAGAUGACGAAGACGAUGGCAAUCGGAUUGCGUCCGUUGAAGAUUUAGACGAAAUUGAAGUCUCUCCUAAGAAACGUAAGGUCUCGGCUAUAGCGUUCGCAGGCGAUGACGAUGACGAGGAAGAUGACGAGGAGAUAGUGAAGGAGGAAAAAACCAUAUCGAAGGUCCGCUCCCGCAGCAAGAUGGUAUUGGAUCUUAUCGACGAAAAUAAUGUGCGCAAGAGAGGCCAGGAUAGCCUUACAGAGGAGGAACUACAGCUCAGAAGAGCAGAAAACGCUAGGAAACGUAGAAAUCUGUCCGAGAAGAAACUUGAAGAGGAGAAGCAAGAUACCAUCAAUAAGCUGCUUAAGCGCAGAGCUGGAAAGUCCCGUUCCAACCUUAAUCAGCAAGAAAAGGACGCCACAGAUGUCGAUACAUCUUCAUUUGUAAAGCCUCGAAGGCCAUACCAAGCUCAAGGGAUGAUAAGAAUCAUUCGAAACGCCCAAGUCGAGCUCAUCGCAUUUGCUCCAUCCCAAUCGAGGAGCGCAUCGGGCUCUACCCCACCCAAGGGCUCUGAAUCUUCAUACACGAGCUCUUGA